AUGGACAAUAUGAGAAAGGUUGGCAUUAGGACUACACACGUGUUUGGGUUAUUUGCUCAUCAAGCUGGUGGAUAUGAUAAGGACUAUGAAGUAUUUGACGAUGUACUUGCAUUUGAUGCAACAUAUAGAAAGAACGUGUACUUGUGUCCACUAGUGGUGUUUUCUGGAGUAAAUCACCACAAUCAAAGUAUUGUGUUUGCAAGUGCCAUAGUUGGAAAUGAAAAAGAAGAAACAUAUGUGUGGCUAUUGGAAAUGUUAGUUGAAGCAAUGGGAGGUAAAGCUCCAAAUUUGGUUAUAAUUGAUGGAGAUAAGGCUAUGAGAAAUGCUAUUAAAAGAUGUAUGUUGGGAGAUUAUGAGAUUGAUGAGUUUGAGCAGAAGUUGGAAAAUUUGAUAGCAGAGUUCGAUUUGCAAGAAAACACAUGGGUUUUAGACAUGUAUGCAAAAUGCAAUAUGUGGGCUGUAGCUCACAUAAGAGGCAAUUUCUUUGCUGGGUUUAGGACGACCUAUCAAUGUGAAGGCCUGCACUCCUUUUUGGGAAGGUAUGUUAAUUAUGAGAAUAAUUUACUAGAGUUUUUACAACAUUUCUUUCGUGCCAUGAGUUAUAUGAGGUACAAAGAAGUUGAGGCAGAUUUUUCAUCAGCACACGGUGAACCUGUUUUUCAAACACAAUUGCAAGAUCUAGAGAAAUCCAUUGCAAAUAUCUACACAAGGGAGAUAUUCUUUUUUUUUUGCGACCUCUGCUUCAAAGGGCAUGCACUUGCAGGGUCACACAUUGUUCACAAACAACAUUUGAUUACACAUAUACUAUUUGCAAGUAUCAUAGACAAGGUUUAG